AUGACGGUGGCUGGCUUGACUCCUGCUGGAGUGGGAGAGGAGGUGCAGGAGAACUUGGCCUGCAGUGACCGUCACCAGGAGAUUCUGACUCCAGAAAAGGAAGUGGGGAGGCAAAAAAAAAAAAAGGCUGUAAAAUUAAGGGGAAAAGAAGGCCUUGAAGAUCCUGGUCUGGCAAGGUUAACAGUUCCUUUUCUCUCGGUGUUGUGCCCGCACCUCGCUCAGCCAUGGAUGAUCCAGCAGCCACACAAAGCAGCAACAUUUUUUGGAUGCAUUGGAAUAGAUAAAUUUGGUGAAAUCUUGAAGAGAAAAGCCGCUGAAGCCCAUGUGGAUGCUCAUUACUAUGAGCAGAAUGAGCAACCAACAGGAACUUGUGCUGCAUGCAUCACUGGUGACAACAGGUCCCUUGUAGCUAAUCUUGCUGCUGCCAAUUGUUAUAAAAAGGAAAAACAUCUUGAUCUGGAGAAAAACUGGAUAUUGGUAGAAAAAGCAAGAGUUUGUUAUAUAGCAGGUUUGAUAAAGCGUAUUACUAGAAUAUCAUCUAUCGGUCUAUCAGGUACAGUUCCAGAGGAAGCACCACUAGUUGUUUACCUUUCAGAAGCUUUAAUUUAA